AUGGACUGGACCAAGCUGUCACGCAAGAAGCUCAUAAUCGGCGCCUUGGCCGUUUCCAUGGUAACCAUCAUCCUGGGUCUGGGACUGGGUCUGGGCCUGGAUCUGCAGAAAUGUAAAAACAAAGUCGUCCCUCACACUUCCUGCAGGGGUCGAUGUUAUGAACCCUUCGACGGCGACGUCCCCGGAUGCAGAUGUGACGUCAACUGUAACGUCACCGACAGCUGCUGCUACGACUACCACGACACCUGCACCGUUCCCACCCAACAGUGGGAGUGUACGAAGCUGCGAUGUGGAGAGAAGAGGCUGUCGCAGAGCAGGUGUCACUGCUCCGACGACUGUCUGUCUGCAGGAGACUGCUGCACCAACUACAAACAUGUCUGCCACGGAGAACCCCAGUGGGUGGAGGAUGAAUGUGAUGACCUGUCCACCCCCACCUGUCCAGAUGGGUUCAGUCGUCAGCCGCUGCUGCUCAUUUCAUUGGACGGUUUAAGAGCGGAAUACCUGCAGACGUGGAGUCACCUGAUCCCAGUCCUGCACAAACUCAAGACAUGUGGGACAUCUGCGCCGUACAUGCAGGCGGCGUUUCCCAGCAAGACCUUCCCCAACCACUACACCAUCGUCACGGGUUUGUACCCAGAAUCCAACGGUUUAAUCGACAACAGCAUGUACGACCCGGUGAUGGACGCGUCCUUCAGUCUGUCCAGUCCAGAGAAGGACAACCCGGCCUGGUACCUGGGUCAGCCCAUCUGGCACACGGCCAAACACCAGGGUUUGAAGUCCGGAACCUUCUUCUGGCCUGGAUCGGACGUCAAAAUAAACGGCAGCUUCCCCGACAUCUACCGGCCGUACAACGGUAAAAUUCCGUUUGAAGAGCGAGUGUUGACGGUGUUGAAGUGGCUGCAGCUUCCACACGAUCAGCGGCCUGAUUUCUUCACCUUGUAUCUGGAGGAACCUGAUAAAUCUGGACACAGCUUCGGCCCAGUCAGUGGGGGACUGAUCGAAGCUCUUCAGGGCGUGGACCGGAUCAUGGCUCAGCUCAUGAACGGCCUGAAACAGCUCCGCCUCCACCGCUGCGUCAACGUCAUCAUCGUGGCCGAUCACGGGAUGGAGUCCACCAGCUGUGACAGGAUGGAGGUUCUGGAGGACCUGGUUGGAGACAUCAGGAGUCUGUGGGUGACGGAGGGACCGUUUGGACGGAUCCGAGCCAAGGACAAACACACCGUCUUGGACUCUCCUGGACUGGUGGCCAACAUGACUUGUAAGAAACCAGACCAAAAGAUCAAAGCGUAUCUGAAGUCCAACCUGCCGAAGCGUCUCCACUUCGCAAACAGCCGUCGAAUUGAAGAUGUCAACGUCCUGGUGGAUGCUAAGUGGCUGUUUGAGAGGUAUCCGGGGUCGUUGACCUUUUGUUCUGGCGGAGCUCACGGCUACGACAACGACUUUGAGAGUAUGCACGCCAUGUUUCUGAGUUACGGGCCACAGUUUCAACCCAACACCCAGGUGGAGCCUUUUUCCAACGUGGAGCUGUAUAACCUCAUGUGUGGUGAACGUUCUCCAGAUCCGUCGGUUCAAAACAACGGGACUCAUGGGAGCCUGAACCACAUCCUGAGGCGUCCGUUCUUCAGUCCGAAGGGGCCGGAGGAGGGCAGCGUUCCGGGUCAGUGUCCUCUGGUCAGUCUGGACCCGGCCGACGGUCUGGGAUGUUCCUGUCCGACCCUGUGCUUCUUGACUGUGGGCUGUCAACAGCACAGGCCUGUACCACCUCACUUGGAAAGACAGUGCUCAGCUAAGCUAAUUAGCUUCAAGAUGCCUCCUCUAUCUGCCGACGACUUUGACAAACUUCUGCAGAAAAUUGCCGUGCUGGAGACUAAAUUCACCGCCUAG